AAGUGUUGAUAAACAAAACUUUUGUUUUACUAAGUGGCAAAAAAACAUUCUGUUCGCACACUUGGAACAGACAUGUUACUAAAACUUCUAUUUUUGGUACUCUUGGGCCAAAUUAGGGCAAAGCCGGUCGAAGACGAGCCAGUUUGUGGAUAUGAGGCUUGCCCUGCGACCAACUUCUCCACACUCAACGUCCACCUCAUCCCUCACUCCCAUGACGACGUCGGUUGGCUCAAAACCAUGGACCAGUACUACUUCCAAGACGUCCAGAACGUGAUCAGUACCGUAAUCCCAGCUUUGAAGCAAAACCCUGACCGUCGUUUCGUCCAAGUCGAAACAGCGUUUUUCAAAAAAUGGUGGGAGCAGCAAAAGGACUCAACCAAGCAGGAUGUUAUCAAACUGGUCAAUAACGGGCAGUUCGAGAUAAUUAACGGCGCCUGGAGCAUGAACGAUGAGGCAAAUGUUCAUUAUCAAUUCACAAUCGAUCAGUACACUUUAGGCUUGAGAUACCUCGAAGAUAGACUGGGGAAGUGUUCCAGGCCCAAAGUUUGCUGGCAAAUUGAUCCUUUCGGACACAGCAGAGAACAAGCCUCGAUUUCGGCCCAGCUGGGCUUUGAUAGCGUUUUUUUCGCACGGUUGGAUUACAGAGACCGGAUUAAUCGACUAGGGACCAAGACCGGCGAUUUGAUUUGGAGAGGGAGCAGCAAUUUGGGCAACAGUUCGGAUAUUUUCACCUCAGUGAUGUAUAACCACUAUAGCGCACCUGCCGGUUUUUGUUUCGAUAUUGUUUGUAAUGACGAACCGAUUAUAGACGAUGAGGAAAGUCCUGACUACAAUUGGAAGAGUCGAGUCGAAGCUUUUGCCAAUUUUGUUCGGGAACAAGCGUCCAAAUACCCAACCAAUAAUAUUUUGGUACCUAUGGGAGACGAUUUCAGGUACCAAGCCGCCUUGAACGCCUAUAUUAAUACGGAUAGACUGAUCAAAGGUUUUGAGCUGUUUCCCCAAACUUUUGAGGGCAAACCCAUCAAGCUACUGUACUCAACACCAACGUGUUACACUAAAGCCGUCAAUGACUUCGUCAAUUCAAAUGAUUACAAACUGCAAAUCAAGAGUGAUGAUUUUUUCCCCUAUGCUGAUGGGGUUGCAAGUUUAGUAGUUGGGUACAUUACAUCAAGGCCGGCCUCGAAACGUUUCGUCCGGGAAGCAAACACCAUGCUUCAGGUGGCGAAACAACUAGCAGCUGUCGCAAACUUACCCUACGAAAACGAAAACAUCAACUCGCUCAAAGAAGCAAUGGGUGUUUUGCAACACCAUGAUGCUAUAACUGGUACUGAACUAAUCGACGUGACCCAUGACUACCACCGAAUCCUUCACAAAGGGAUUAGUGACGCUGUUAAUGCCAUCAACCCCAUUUUAUCAAAUAUAAUAAGCGGUUCUGAUUCCCUAAAAUUGGAAUCAUGUCUUUUGGCUAACGUUAGUGUCUGUCUCCAAGCAAAAGCAGAUCAGUUUACUCUAACAGUCUACAAUCCUUUGAGUCGAGUUGUUUCAAGUCCAAUCAGCAUUCCAGUGGAGACAGAGAAUUGGAAAAUUGUAGACUCCAAUGGUGACGAAGUUGUGUACCAGGUGGUACCUUCAAUCACCGAUUUUAGCACCCUGGUGGAUGAAACAACCUCGCCCAACUCUCUCGAUUUUAUCGCAAGAGAUAUUCCAGCUCUAGGAUACAAAGUCUAUAGUUUCACAAAAGUGGCCACAAAGCCCACAAAAAGAAUUACUGUAGGUGCCGAUGGUACCAGCUUCGAAAUAGACGAAGUCUCUGGUCUUUUAACAUCAGUGACCAUGAAUGGAGUCACUCUUAACGUAACGCAAGAUUUUCUCGUUUAUAAAAGUGGUGGGCGGUCACAAGCUUACGUUUUUGACCCGGAUGGUGACCCACAAAGAGUUGCCUCAACUGUCACAGUCAAGAAAAUCGAAGGAGAUGUCUAUUACGGAGUAGUACAAGAAUUUAGCGAUUGGGCGAAACAAAUAAUCAAAGUCUAUAAAGAUGAUAGUAGUUACAUUGAGUUUGAUUGGGUCAUUGGACCUCUAAACAUCGACGAUGGUGGCAAAGAAGUCAUCUCGCAAUUUUCGACACCUUUGCAAACCGAAGGUGUUUUUUACACCGACUCCAAUGGUCGCGAAAUAUUAAAAAGGGUACGCAACCAACGUCCAGAUUACGACUACACUGACGAACAACCCGUUGCUGGAAAUUACUACCCAGUGACUUCGAAAAUUUUGAUUCGGGACGAAAAUCUGGGUGUGGAGAUGGCAAUUUUGAAUGAUCGGGCCCAAGGUGGGUCAAGUGUAAAAGAUGGGCAAGUGGAACUGAUGGUACAUCGAAGAAUUAGGUCAGGUGAUGAUUUCGGCUUGGAUGAGAUAGAGUAUGGGCAUGGGAUUGUCGUACGAGGGAAACAUUUCCUAGUUUUGGGACCAGUUUCGGGCAAUGGUGAAAAGUCUUUGGCUGCGAUUGAACGUGAUGUCGCCCAAAGGAAAUUGUUACCACCUUGGGUGUUUAUCACCAAUCAAGAUGUGAGCGGUUCCAAAAAUUUAGAAUAUAGUAGUUUGAAGAGACCAUUGCCUGAUAAUGUCCAGUUGUUAACGCUUGAACCCUGGUCUGAUGGUACUCUUCUCGUGCGUUUGGAGCACGUUUUGGAGAAAAAUGAGGAUGAGAAUUUAUCAAAAGAAGUCACAGUUGAUCUUUCGGAUUUGUUUGUGGCGUUCACUGUUCAAGAACUCAAAGAAACAACUCUAGCUGGUAACAUCCCCAUUGAAGAGAACGUCCGUCUGCACUGGCCUGGUAGUACCAACGAGGCCCCUCCACAAGCCCCUCGGGCCCCCACCGACUUGACCAUCACCCUAGCCCCCAUGCAAAUCCGCACUUUCCUAGCCACAGUCACUUACAACAAUCUGUAGUACCACAAGUUGAAUAAAUUGUUACGAUUUAA